AUCACGGAACGACGUUGCGCUGGGUUUCUGUCAUAUAUCAACACGGACAAGCCACAUUUAAAUCUAACGUGUACACCCGGGGAGGGUGACAGUGGACCCACACAACAGGACAACAGACGGUUAUUAAUAUUGGAGAUGCAUCAACGGAUCCAGGAUUUUGAUCUCGGUAAAGGAGAACUCUGAACGUGGCACUGGGCUUUUAUCUCGUGGCUCAUUUAGAGAGGAAACCUACCGAGUCUUGGAUUAGGGGAAUUACGUGGUGGAUUGGAACUGGAUCGAUACGCCAUGUCAAUCUUGCCCUCUUUCGGAUUCACGCAGGAGCAAGUCGCAUGCGUCUGCGAAGUGCUGCAGCAGGGUGGGAACCUGGAGAGGCUCGGACGAUUCCUCUGGUCCCUGCCAGCCUGUGACCACCUCCACAAGAACGAAUCCGUGCUCAAAGCGAAAGCCGUUGUGGCCUUUCACCGGGGAAAUUUCCGCGAGCUCUAUAAAAUCUUAGAGAGCCACCAGUUCUCCGCGCACAACCACCCUAAGCUGCAGCAGCUGUGGCUGAAGGCGCACUACGUAGAGGCGGAAAAGUUGCGGGGCCGCCCGCUCGGGGCUGUGGGCAAAUACCGUGUGCGCAGGAAAUUCCCUUUGCCCCGUACGAUCUGGGACGGUGAGGAGACCAGUUACUGCUUUAAAGAAAAGUCUCGGGGUGUGCUACGUGAGUGGUACACGCACAAUCCGUAUCCAUCUCCACGAGAGAAGAGGGAGCUGGCGGAGGCAACGGGACUGACAACCACACAGGUCAGCAACUGGUUUAAAAACAGGAGGCAGAGAGACCGGGCAGCUGAGGCAAAAGAGAGAGAGAACACCGAAAACAACGGCGUUGGCGGUAAUAAGCAGAACCAGGGGUCUCCGCUCGACGGAGGAAAGUCACUCAUGUCCAGCUCGGAGGAUGAGUUCUCUCCGCCGCAGAGCCCCGAGCACAACCCCGUGCUUCUGCUGCAGGGAAACAUGAACAAUACCGGGGCUUCCACAUACCCAAUGCCCGGUCUCGGUGCACAGCAUUCGGUACACAGUAUGCAAGGACACCCUCACCACAUCCAGGAUUCGCUGUUGGGAUCUCUGGCAUCCAGCCUGGUGGAUUUAGGAUCUUAGGAUGUCUCGUUCACAUUUUAAGCGACAAGACUGGAAUACGGUUAUAAACAACAUUACGGUAUUACUGCAUAGCAUGUCCUAAUGACGCAGAGGACGUUUGCUAAAAUAAACUAUUCUGUUGCAAAAUGCUUAGAAAAGGGAUAAAAUCAAAAGAGUUUGGGGAAUUUUAAGUUUACUGGAUAAGUGCGUAAAAAUGGUAAAACCAGAAGGCUGUCAUUUAAGAAUACCCACAGUAUUGCUUGGUGCGUAAACUUUAAAUAGCCUAGCCUAACUUUUAAUAAUUUAUGAUGUUGUAAUCAAUGAUUAUUUAUUAUAUAACUUUCUCUGUAUUACACAGCACAAAGAGCAGGGAAUUUUCCAUAAGAAAAUCACUAAAAUAUCUUCAACUUUAACAUGAUUGUGGACAAUUGUGCUUUUCUUUUAAAUUCUUAAAAAAAAAA